AGCGGUGGCAGGCGAGCAGGCGAGGCGCGCAGGCACUCUGGUCCGUGCGAGCUGCGAGCCCUCCCGUCCCGCCCCAUCAGGUCCCGCCCGUCCCGCGCCGACAUGGCGGAGCAGGGCAUCCCCCAGGUGGUGGAGCUGAACGUGGGCGGCGUGUUCUACACCACGACCGCCGCCACGCUGACGCGCGAGCCCGAGUCGCUGCUCGGCCGGCUGUUCUCGGGCGCGCAGCCGCCGCCGCCCAAGGACCCCAAGGGCAAGUACUUCCUGGACCGCGACGGCGUGCUCUUCCGCUACGUGCUCGACUACCUGCGCUCGGGCGCGCUCGUGCUGCCCGACUCCUUCCGCGAGCGCGAGCGGCUGCGCGAGGAGGCGCAGCACCUGGGGCUGUCCGGGCUGCUCGAGGCCAUCGGCGCCCAGGAGCGCGCGCGCCCGUCCGGCUUCAUCACGGUGGGCUACCGCGGCAGCUUCGCCUUCGGGCGCGACGGCCUGGCCGACGUCAAGUUCCGCAAGCUGUCGCGGCUGCUGGUGUGCGGGCGCGUGGCGCUGUGCCGCGCCGUGUUCGGCGAGGCGCUCAACGAGAGCCGGGACCCGGACCACGGCAUGACGGACCGCUACACGGCCCGCUUCUUCCUCAAGCACUCCUCGCUGGAGCAGGCCUUCGACUCGCUGCAGGAGCAGGGCUUCCGCCUCGCCGGCUCCUGCGGCUCCGGCACUGCGGGCGGCAGCGCCGACCUCAAGGCCGGCGUCGACCCGGAGGAGAACCGCUGGAACCACUACAACGAGUUCGUCUUCGUGCGCGACUAAGAGAGUCUGUGCGCGCACCCUCCGGCGGCCCCCGGGGAGGAGAGUGACUGUUUGACCACCAGCCGCGUGGCGGGGCGUCGGCCGCCCGCUCACGACUGCAACUGGUCCGCCCCCUGACCGGCGGACACCGUUCCGCGCGCGCGUGUGAACGACUGUCACCUCCGCUAGUGUCUCGUCCACGCCGAGAGCAUAUCGUUUGGAUUACCGCUGCCGCCCGGGCGACCCUGGCGCGCCCUGGCGGCCGCCUGUUGAGUGCUGCAGUCCUGCCCGAGUCCUGCCCAUCCUGCGGGAGCCGCCGCGGAUCCGCCGCGCGCGCGUGGACUACUCCCGCUCUCGACUCUGCCCCGGCGGUAUACUUCCGGCACCGUCGAGAGAGGCCCACACGCGCCGCACCAUCUCCAGGAUACAAACCCCUGCAGUCAUUUUGUUGUAGUUAGGCAGCAGCAGAGAGAGAGGAGGCAGCUGCUGUUAGUGGUGUCACAACGCCGUAGAGUCAAAGGUAAAUCACUUACUCCUGUCACGUCUUAGAUCACUGAACAAGUUACGGUAUUUCUUACAUAUUAACGUUGUAAUGUUACUAUUACUACUACUACUUCGUACUACUACUUCAAAGGCAGAAUAUCUCCUACUUGAUCAGUAAAUGUAAACUUCUUUCGUAAGCGCUAUAAACUUCUCCCCUAAAACUGCUUUUAAAAUUGCAGUUGUUUUUGUAGUAGUAUGAAGCGAUGAAAAACUAAACCUUGAAAAAAUAUUUGAUAAUAAUGAAAAUUUGUAAAUAGUGAACAUAAUGUCUGUCAACUGUGAUAAUGGCGAAUGAUUGUAGGUGUGACCCCAAAAACGCAUGUCCCCUGGGCGCCAGUGUUGAGCUUUGCGGUCAAUGGAUGAUAUGGAAAGUUUUGUUAUGAGGUAUGAGCAAAAGCUCUUGUUCUUCUCCAUACAUAUAAAAGCUUAUUUCUUUCUUAAAUCUUGAAAAUUAAAAUGUGGACAAGUUUUAUUAUUGUACUGUGAAAGCUUGAAAUGAUGCAAUGACCGACAGUGCAUAUUACUAUCUUUUCCCAUAAA